AUUUAAAACUUUUAAAAAGACAGAACAAAAAACAACAACACAAACAAUAAGAAUUUUUCUCGAAUUCAUGGACCACAAUAACUACUAAUUCUUCUUCUUCUUCUUCUCUAUGAUCUCCUCUGCUCUCUCUUUUCCGGGUAUCUAAAAAAAAAUCAAUCUUUUUUCUUUGCGAGUGUGUGGCGAUAAUGGAGAAUAAUAAUAGCUGUAUUGGGUUUGAAGGCGGGUCGAGAAGAUUUGGUGAGAGUAAACGAAUCGUUGGUUCGAUUGAUACAGUUACUGAGUCCACUACUACUGAUUCAAGUCUUAGCAGCUCAAGUUGCGGUGCUGGAUCGAGCUCCGGGAGAUCUGUUUCAUCUCCGUCAUCUCCUCCGACGAAAUCACAGAUCCUUGGAUGGCCGUUAGGGCAAGGUUCUUGGAGGAAGAGUUCUGGUAAAAUGAAGAAGAAAACUCCGACUAAAAUCGAUGAUUUUGGGUUUAAGAGAGUUGGAACAGAGACUUCAGAAAUUGAGUUGUUGAAAGAGAGAAUGGCAAAGUUGUUGCUUGGUGAAGACAUGUCUGGUUCUGGUGAAGGAGUUUGUCCUGCUUUGGCUAUUUCUAACGCCAUUACCAAUCUCUAUGCUGCAAUAUUGGGACAACAAUGGAGGCUAGAGCCAAUCCCAAGUGAGAAAAAAUCCAUGUGGAGAAGAGAAAUCGAAGUUCUUCUGUCUGUUAGUGAUCACAUUGUUGAAUUGGUACCUUCCUUCCAGAACGUUCCCAAUGGAAACAAGAUUGAGGUGAUGAAUUGCAGACCAAGAUCAGAUCUCUUUACUUGUCUUCCUGCUCUACGGAAGCUAGACAAUAUGCUUAUUGAAAUAUUAGAUAGUUUUGGAGAAACAACAGAGUUCUGGUACGUUGAUCAAGGGAUUGUAGCUGCGGAAUCUGUAAGGUCUAACUCUUUCCGUGAAGACGGAGACAAAUGGUGGCUUCCACUGCCGCGUGUGUCAUCCGAUGGACUUACCGAACAAUCUAGGAAGAAACUGGACCACACUCGUGAAUUCACUAACCAGAUCUUGAAAUCUUGUAUGUCAAUCAACAGCAUUGCUUUAGCUGAUAUGGAGGUUCCACAAUCAUACCUUGAAGCUCUACCAAAGAACGGGAGAUCAUGCCUUGGUGAUUUUCUAUAUAGAAACAUCACAUCAGAUAACUUCACAGCGGAUCACUUGCUUGAGUCAAUAGAUCUUUCAUCUGAGCACGCGGUUGUAGAGAUGGUGAAUCGAGUAGAAGCAUCUAUACACGUUUGGAGGCGAAGAGCUCACUCAAGGCAUAUGAUUUCUCUGUAUAGAUCCACAAGUACAAGAUGGGGGAUGAUAGUGAAAGAGAUGAUGAUGCAUCAAAGCGAUGGUGACAAAAGGGAACUAUUUGCGGAGAGAGCCGAAAGCUUAUUGAUCCGACUCAAGCAGCGUUUCCCGGGACUUAGACAGACAGCUUUAGACACAAGCAAGAUCCAAUACAACAAGGAUGUAGGGAAGUCUAUACUUGAGAGCUACUCAAGGGUAUUAGAGAGUUUGGCAUAUAGCAUUGGCGUACGCAUAGAGGAAGUGUUGUUUAUGGACGACAUUAGCAAAGAAGAUGGUGAUGAUGGUUCUUGUUCAGACAAGUUGAGAUUGUUGUCUAAAGAAUCAGCUAAUGGUGGCAAAGAAGAUGGUGAUGAUGGUUCUUGUUCAGACAAGUUGAGAUUGUUGUCUAAAGAAUCAGCUAAUGGUGGCUCAGGCUCUCUAAGGAAGAAACUUUCUGCUCCAUCGUUGUUCUCUGUGUCAUUCUCAGGCACGUCAACUCCGUACAGAACUCCAUCAUUCUCAGCAUCAACUCCAAGUUAUUCACCAAUGCCGUUGAUAAGCCCCAUCAACGGAGGAAGAGGAGAAAGAGCUCCGUUUCUCUCUGGGAGGAACAUUAGAGAACGUUGUGGGUUUGGUCCAAAGAAAGCAUUGGCUAAUUAUCUCCGGGGUUGAGUUUUAAACUAAGGAAUUAGAAUUUUUUCAUUCUGUUAGUUAUCAUCGAGUUAAAAGCUUAUUUAAUUCUUUUAUUUUCUAGUAUCUCUUGUCAUUUGAUCUACGUACACUUGAUGUUGCUAUUUGAAUGACAUAAGUUAUAUAUUUUGAAGUGA